UCGUGAUGUGAUUGUGAUUAAUUUCUAUCCAUAUUAAUUAAAAAUAAAAUCAUAUCUCUUUGAAAUUGUUCUGAAUUUGUGUAGAAUUAAUACAGAAAUAUCACGGCGUUCUUUUUUAAUUAUUUUAACUAGCUGAUUACCAAGUAGUCAUGAAAUAUGAUUGCUGUUGUGGCAAAAGUUUUUCUGAUUCUCGUUGUGGCUACGUCCGUUACUUCCAGAAUCCACAAGCUGCGCCUUGCGGAUGACGAGCGCCACUAUGUUGAUCUCACUACAUUUGGAUUCUUAAAAGGGGGUGUCCUAGAUGUUCAAGUGAUUAAUUUCAAAUUACCAUCUGGCCCUGUCUAUGGCGAGUAUGGUUUUACACUUGACCGAACAAUAAAUGAUGCCAUUAACCCAUACUUAGAAGCACAUUCUGACACAUGCAUUUUGAAAGGGGUUGAAAAGAAUAGAACACACCAUGGAAUUGUCUUCCUGAAGAUGGAUUUCAAAAACCUAAGAAUAAACAUUACGUGCGCAGGGGAAAUCUUAGCACUGAACCUGUACGCGAAUAAGUCGAUGAUACCCUGGGAUAAAUCUGCAGAUGAUAAAAACAGUGAAGAUUCAAAAAAACAUUGCUCUGAUGCCAUAUUAAAAAUCACGAAGAACACAUCCAAUGGUUUUGAUUAUUAUAAUACAAGCUUUGCCAUGUAUGUGGCAUCAGAUGAAGAAGAGGGACUCUACAACCUGUAUUUUCACAGUUGCCCCCAAGAAGGUGGUCCACUAAUACCUACUAAUGCAGUGAUUGAUAUCUAUGAGAGCAACAAGAACAACUUUCUAUCGGCGGGUGAAAUGCCCCUCCCGGCGCUUUACAGCAUGAUGUCGCUAACGUUUUUCCUGAGCGCCGGCCUGUGGACGUUGAUCCUCAAGAUCAGCAAGCACAAAGUGUACAGGAUCCAUUACAUCAUGUGUGUGCUGGUGUACUUGAAAGCGAUGUCGUUAGCCUUCCAUGGAAUCAACUACCACUUCAUACAGACUAGAGGGGAGCAUGUCACUGCUUGGGCUAUACUUUAUUACAUCACGCAUUUGUUAAAAGGAGCUGUAUUAUUCGUAACGAUUGUACUGGUCGGCACUGGCUGGAACUUCAUUAAACACAUACUCGCAGACCGUGACAAAAAGAUAUUCAUGAUUGUUAUACCGUUGCAGGUGGUAGCUAAUGUGGCAGAGAUCAUAAUAGCGGAGAGUGAGGAAGGCGCCGCUGAGCACAACGCGUGGCGUAUUCUGUUCAUUCUAGUGGACAUGCUGUGCUGCGGCGCGAUCAUGUUCCCUGUCGUGUGGUCGAUACAUCACUUGGAAGAUUCGUCCACGACCGACGGCAAGGCUGCGGUGAACCUCCGCAAGCUCAAGCUGUUCCGACACUUCUACGUCAUGAUCCUGGGCUACAUAUACUUCACGAGGUUCAUCGUUACCAUCUUAGAGAACACUGUGCCGUUUCAAUACUCGUGGGUCGACGAGAUGUUCCGCGAGCUGGCCACGCUGGUGUUUUUUGUGAUGACCGGUUACAAGUUCCGACCGGCGGCCGCCAACCCCUAUUUCACCCCUACACAGAUGGACGAUGAUGAAGCUAAAGUUUUGUCAGACAUCGGUGUACUGGAUGGACUAACAAACAGAGAGAAACGGAGAGAUGAUUUGCAACCUCUCAUGCAAGAUAGUUCAGACUAACCUACUAAAUCUGAAAAUUGAUGUGUUAGUGCUAAUUUUAUUAUAAGAUUAUAGAACGUCAAUUUCAUUAUCAUUUUUAUAAUUGAGACACUAUCAAAUUCUGUCUAUAAGGUAACCAAUAAGAUUCAAUUUUAGCACCAAAAAAAAAACAAGUUUAAUAUAACCGUGAAGGUAAGAAUACUAACUUGUACAACCAGCUUUGUUUUUAUUUUGGUGGUCAAAGUUAACUGUAAUGGUUACCAUGGUUUAACCGCCUGAUAUUCCACGAUAUCUUAAAGGACAUCGCGUACACAAUUCCGCGCAACUUUCGGCUCGUAAUAAACAGUAAUUAGUGAGAUUGACGUCCAAGUAGGAUUUUACAUUCGGCCUGUGUGGACGCUUAGUCUAGUGCGAGCGUUACAAUUUAGUGCUGGAACUGGAACACUUUGAUCUCAGAAAAAGAAAGAAAAGAAAAAUUGCGAAAGUUGUGUACAUCCUCAAGUCGUUGGAACAAAACGUUGGAAAUUGA